AUGAGACACGAUCAAACACAUUUUUUUCCAUGUCGAUAUGCCAAACUAUUUGUAAGCCUUUGUUUAUUUAACAUCCGUUCCUUUCUGUGUCGGUCGUGUUUUCAUUGGGGAAUAACAGAAGUGAUGGCCAAAAGUUCAUUCUCAUCGUAUGAUCGAUCAGUCCCAAUCAUAUCUGAUGAUUCUAUUCUAUCAAGCCCCAAUCAUCGAUUUCCGCUGAUUGAUACCGAUCCGGGAUCACCACCCUCACGUCAUCAUUCAGAUGAUGCGGAUGUAUUACAAAUGCAACGACAGCAUCCGAACAUGGGUUUUCGAGAUCAUAAUACAAUGUCCAAUUCGGUUGAUGAUCUAACACAACUCACUGAUCAUAUAUCAUAUCCUAAUUCAAGUUUUGGUCAAGAUUUCAGUGAUCCGGACGACGAUGAAUUACAUUUCGAUAAUGGAAGUAGCAUUGAUUAUGAUAUUUCGAUUCAAGAAAGACUGAAGAGAGCCAAUGAAGUAUUCGAACAUGACAAAACACCGGCCGAGUUAACACAUCAACAGCGUGUUUCAUUCGAUUCGGUUGUUAAAGCUGUUCAACUUGUUCAGGAUCCUGAAGACGGAAAGAUAACCGAUUCAUCUGACACUCAACCAAUUUCGCCUGUCGUGGAAGAAUCGACAAUUCAUGGUGCUGAUUCCCAAGAUGAAAAUAGUCCUCAUGAGUAUACGGUACCUUUGAAUGACACAAAACCGAGAGACACACCGACAUUAGUGGAGCAAAUUAAAGCUAUGCAGUUUUACGGUAGUUCACCGGUUGGCGGUGAUCGACGUGUCACAUCAACUACAAACGCUUCUUCUACUCGUGAAGAUCAUUCCUCGUCGAAAUCACCUGCAAAUAGUGAUGCAAACCCUCCGACGAGUUCUAGUGCAACACAGAGUUCCGUAAUUGUAGCAAGAAAUGGAAAAUUCGAAUUCCAAACUGAAGAUGAUUACACUGCUAAGCGUGCGAUGGACGAAUCUGACAGGGAAUCUGAUAAUGACGACAAUCAAACAUCUACAACGAAAACUACGAAAGUAACACACUCAACAACACCGUUGAAUCCGAUACAUCAUUCUUCAUCGUCAUCAGCGCGGCCAAAGUCAUCCGAUGAUGCAAAACGAACUGAUAAUAAAUCUAGCGACCCGAUGUCAAAAUCCUUGACUUAUAAUAAAACCAAGUCAACAACAAAUAAUCAACAAAGAGCGAAAAGUGCGAUUGUUUCAAAAUCGAUUGAAUCCUUCAUCUUGCAGCCAUGUCGUGUUGAUUUCGAAGAAAUGAACCGAACAGCAGCGGAACGAAAACGCGCUGAAUUGCAAGAAGAAUGCCGUAAAAAGAACGAAAGUGAUAUUAAACGGCGAGAGGAUUUACUUCGUGCGCAAGAAUCUUUUGCCAAAUGGUUACAUGAUAAAGACGCUGAACGUCGAAGGUUGAACGAAGAAAGACGGUUAGAAAGAGAGGAAGAAAUAGCUCGACAAGAAAAAUGUGAAAAGGAAUUAGGAGAACUACGUGAAAAGAAGUAUAAAGAAUGGACCGAACGGAAAAAUCGUGAAGCUAUGAAAGCCAAUGAAUUAAAACAACUGCAGACUGAAGAAGAAGAUGAAAUUAAAAGUAAUCAGGAGAAGUCGGAUAAAGAGCUACGUGAGAAGAAAUAUAGAGAAUGGUUUGAACGUAAAGAUCGGCAAGUGAUGAUUGCAGAAGAAUUUAAAAAACUACAAGCUAGAGAAGACGAAAUGACAUCCGGCGGAUCAUCAUCAUCGAUACACAAUUCCAGUCAACAAAAUGGCCAUCGUGCAUUUCGUCUUUGGUUACGUCGGAAAAAUGAGGAAUCUCGAGAAGAAAAACGUCGAUUGCGUCUCGAAACUCGCCGUUUACGUCGUCAUCAACGACGUUCGUUAAAACGUUAUCAACUUCAACAAGAUCUACAACUAGCAAGAUCAUUCGGUUACACCUGA